GAACAAAAAAAGAGAAAUUUUGAGAAAAAAGUUGAGAGAGAGAGAAAGAAGAAAGAUGGGAAGCGAAGAGGAGAACGCCGUCAAAGAGCCAUUGGAUCUCAUUCGUCUCAGCCUCGACGAGCGCAUCUACGUCAAGCUCCGCCACGACCGAGAGCUCCGUGGAAGGCUCCAUGCUUAUGAUCAGCAUUUGAACAUGAUUCUGGGUGAUGUUGAAGAGAUUGUUACAACAGUAGAGAUAGAUGAUGAAACGUAUGAGGAAAUUGUCAGGACCACGAGACGCACGGUGCCAUUCCUAUUCGUCAGAGGGGAUGGUGUCAUUUUGGUGUCACCACCACUUAGAACAGCCUGACAUGGAAGAUUUAAGAGACUUGGAAGGCCGAAAACAAAGGGUUUUUAUAUGUAAUCCUUUGCUUCUCUGGAAAUUGGAUGGAACUUCUUGAUUUGUGUAUUUUUACUGCUAUGAAUGAUUGUUUCAACGUUUAUUCUGUCUAAUGUAGAAAAUGCAAUGUUCGUUUCUGAGAUCAUUUGCAUUUGCUUUAAA